GCCUGCCGGACCGUUGCGCAAGUUGUGAUUCGGCUGCUAUAAGAGGGGCUGGCAGGCAUGGAGCCCCGUAGGAAUCGCGGCGCCAGCUGUUGCAAGGCCCAAGAGGCACAUCCUGGGAAGAAAAAUGCGUUGGGGAUGCCUGUGCCGAUUCCUGUGGCUUUGGGCCUGUCUGUCCUAUACCCAAGCUGUGCCCAUCCAAAGAGUUCAAGAUGACACCAAAACCCUCAUCAAGACAAUUAUCACCAGGAUCAACAAUCUUUCACAAAUGCAGUCGGUCUCCCCCAAACAAAGGAUCACCGGUUUGGACUUCAUUCCCGGGUUCCACUCUGACCUGAGCUUUUCCAAGAUGGACGAGAUACUGGCGAUCUACCAACAGAUUGUCAACAGUCUGCCUUCCGGAAACUUGGUCCAAAUAUCCAAUGACCUGGAGAACCUCCGGGCCCUUCUUCACCUGCUGGCCUCCUCUAAGAGCUGCCCCUUGCCCUGGGCCAGUGGUCUAGAGACCUUGGCAAACCUGGGGGGUGUCCUGGAAGCUUCGCUCCACUCCACGGAGGUGGUGGCCCUGAGCAGGCUGCAGGGGUCUCUGCAGGACAUGCUGCGGCAGCUGGACCUCGGCCCUGCAUGCUGAGGCCUUGAAGGUCGCUUUUCCCCCAAGGACCACAUUGAGGGAAGGAACCAGCUGUCUCCAGGAAAAAAGAGCAUUGCAUGGACACCCUUUAUCCAGGACUCUGCCCAUUUCUCUGACUCCUCUAAACCACCCUUCCAAAGGCAUAAGACCCUAAGCCUCCAUUUGCUUGAAACCAAAGAUUUAUACACAGGAUCCUAUUCUCACCAGGAAGGAGGUCUGCCCAGCAAAGAGUGGACUGCAUCUGGGACUCCCACCAAGGUCUUCAGCCAUCAACAAGAGUUGUCCUGCCCCCUCUUGUCCCAUCUCCCCCUCACUGCAUGCUUCAAUGUGACCAGCGGUGAUUUCAGAGGGGACAGGGGGACGGGCAGAGCCUUUGGAUGGCCAGAGCAAGGUUCCCUCUGAGAAUUCCAAGGAAAUCCGUGAAGGCUACAUCCACACACAGCAGGAGCUCCAAGCAACAGCCCUCACACGCACACCCCUCCACUGCCAAAAGAGCUAUUUUCAUGAAAAAAAUCCCACAAAUCUUGAGGGGUUUUUACUCUGGUGGUAAAGAAAACUCCUUUAUCAGGUGGUCCUGAGACCUGACAAGCACCACUGGGUACCCACCUUGGCACACAGGUGAGUGCGGUUUGACUACUGGGAAUGCAGGCUCCCUGAGGGCAGGCCACCAGGAUGACCCUUCCCACUGGAGGUCACGUUCAGCAAGAUGAACGGAGAGGUUUGGGGUUUGCCACCAUCCUGCUGCUGUGUUUUUGCCAUCACACAGUGGGUAGUGGAUCUGUCCGAGGAAACUUGAAUCAAAGCAAUUAACUUAAGACUCAGCACCUGCUUUGUGCUCAGCCCUGACUGGGGCUAUGGGCUGGAGAAGCUUACCAAAUAAACAUUAAGAUUCAGUCCUGCUCCAGACCCUGCAUUCCCCGCGGUCAAACUGCACUCACUUUUGUUCCAAGGCCGGCAAUUUACCAUGGCAGCCAAACAGCCGAACGCAUAGCGCAGUCUGCAGCAGGUGGGAAAUGGUGUGAGUGGAGGGUGGCCACGCCCAGCGGCCCACAGGGAAGCCUGCUUGCAUGUUGCAGUAUGUUGGCUUUUCAGGGCAUCUGUUAUUGCAUUGUCACAAAAUAACUGAGAAUUUAAAAUAAGAAAUACCUAAGACCAUAGCAACCGACAAAUGGCAGGACCAGGACUCCAGCCCAGGUCCUCUGACCCCCAGAGCAUCCUGUGAGGCAGAUAAUGCUCUCUAGAGAGGGACUGGAAUGGGGAGACCGAGUGCUUUCUGGAAAAGAGGAAUUUUGAGGUAGAGUUUAAAGGAGGUGAGGGAUGGGAAUUGCCUGCAGAGAGAAGGCUGUUUUGCUGGAAGGUUUUGGGCGUAGAGAUGCAGAGGUGAAGGUAUGGGCAGUGAGUUACAGCGAGAGGCAGAGAAAGAAGAGAUGGGAGGGAAAGGGCCAUGCUGAAGGGACCUCGAAGAGUAAAGAAGUUUGAUAUUAAAGGAGUUAAGAGUCGCAAGUUCUAGAGAAGCUGGUGCCGUGGCCAUGGUCAGAGCUACUCUAGAAAAUGUGACCCAGAUCAUCACAACUACCUAAUCAGUCUGGGGUGUCUCAGGCCUUUUGCUCACAAAACCUGGAACAAUGGCUAAUUCCCCGAGUGUGAAACUU